AUGGUUGAAUUAGAUUUUGGGGAUGUUAUAGAAUAUAAAAUAGUGAGUUUUUCAUAAUUUAAUACAAUAAAGGAGCUUAAAGAAAAUCUUUAAAAUUAUUAUAAUAAACAAUCGAAAUUUGAAUAAAUAAAUAUUGAAAUUUAUAAAGAUCACAUUCUAUAAACCAAUGAAAAAAUCACUAUAUAUAAAUUGCUUGAUUUAGAUAAGGAAAUAAAACAACCAAAAAUCGAAGCUAAAUCUAUUACUUAAAACUAAUAGAAUCAGGAGCCGAAUGACAAAACAUGCCUAAAUAAAUAAUAAUUUGGAAAAUUGUAAAGUGAUUCUCAAAUAUUAUAAGAAUUAUAAUUACUUAAAGAGUUGAUCAACUCAAAGUUCAAAAUUUUAGAAUUGUAACUUACAAAUAUUUUAGCAGAUUCACAAAAAACUAUUUUAAAAGAAUUAGAAUUUUAUGAGAGAGAUUUUACUUAAAAUUAAUAGUUAUUAAAGCAAUCAUUUAUAAAUAAUCCUGAUUGGAUUUAUUAAAAAUAUAAAUCAUUCAGAAUAUAUAAUAAGGUUUGCUAAGCACAUGUAUAAUCAAUAUUUGUAGAAUUAGAGAAGUUUGAAUCUAAUUUAUAAAAGGAAUAAGAACAAAUUACUAAAUUAUAUGAAAGUGGUUCUAUUCAAUCAAAAAACUUAAUGAAAGAAUAAUAGUACACUGUCGGUAAAAAAAACAAACUAACAAAUAACAAUUUUGAAAUAGAAAUAGAAAUAGAAAUUGAUACUACUUUUAGUGAAAUAAUUGAGUAUUUAGAAAGUUAAUAUCCUUCUGAAUUUAAGUAAUACAUAUAAGUCUUUGGUCCAAUACAGAAAUGGGUAGGAUUCUCAACCAAAAGAGAGAGAGUCGUGAGUAUUUCAGAAAAAAUGUGUACCUAUCCAGUCGAUAUAAUCAAAGUUGGUCCAUUUCACAUAAACAUACCAAAAAUAAUAAAUAACUUAGAACUAAAAGUUGAAAUAUAUGAGUUGAAGAAUUAACAUCAAGUUUGA